AGGCAGGAAUAUUAGGUAUGUUUGCCACCUAUAUAAAAAGGUGGGACAAAAAUAUAAUAGUAGUAACAACAACAUAAGCAGCGCCCUGCUGGAUCUCCCCCUGGCCCAUUGUUCUCCCAGUGGCCAGCCGACAGCACAAGGAAGCCCUCUAGUCUCCCACCAGAUGGCCUUCAGAGGCAGUCCCACUGCUAUCAAGACUAAAAGCCAUUGAUGAGAUAUCAGAUUAUGCCAACUGAUAAAACAAGGAACAAAUAAGAUUUGGUUUCAAGGUCAUUUUUAGUUUUUAAAGCCUUGCUUCAAAUAUCUUCACGAACAGAAAGAAUUUUGAUAUCAAUAGCAAGUAAGUUGGCUGGUAUUUGCUGUGAUGAAUGCCUGCUUAAAAUAAGGCUGGAGGCAGGAAUGCAGAAUGCUUUGAAAGAAUUUUAUAAGCAUCCACAGCCAGGGAAGAACUGCUAACUGAUUGGUUUGGGCCCACAUAAUCCCAAAAAGAAGCAAGAUCUGGAUAAGCUCUAUGAUCUCAAGACUAAAGCUCAACAGAUUAUGAACCAGUUUGGUCCAUCUACCUUGAUCAAUUUAUCCAACUUUUCUUCAAUCAAAGCAGAACCAGGCAAUACUCCUCCUCAUAGUUCCAUGGCAAACAAUACCUCUGUGGCAAAGAUGCCUGGGACCCCUAGUAGUGGGGGGCGCCUCAGUCCUGAGAGUAAUCAGAUAUUAACAAAGAAGAAAUUGCAGGAUCUGGUUAGAGAGGUGGAUCCAAACGAGCAGCUGGAUGAAGAUGUGGAGGAGAUGUUGCUGCAGAUUGCUGAUGACUUCAUUGAAAGCGUGGUGACAGCUGCCUGCCAGCUCGCGCGGCAUCGCAAGUCUAACACCUUGGAAGUAAAGGAUGUCCAGUUGCAUCUUGAGCGCCAGUGGAAUAUGUGGAUCCCGGGUUUCGGCUCUGAAGAAAUCAGGCCAUAUAAAAAAGCCUGCACUACAGAAGCUCACAAACAGAGAAUGGCAUUGAUCCGCAAAACAACCAAGAAAUAACUCUGGGAAAAGACAGAGAAAUUAAAAGGAAAAAAAAAGGCUCUUCUAAGAGAAAAAAAAUCUGCCUCUGAAGCUGUGGAACAUCCUUGAGGUCAUCUAUGGGAUAAUUUUUUUUGAAUUGCUUCACAGAGAAGCAUAUAUUUUAACAGUGCAGCAAUAAGGGGUUAUUAGAGGAGACCUGCCACACAUCCCUAGGUCUCCUCACAUCUAUUCCCCCAAAGGAACAUAUCUUGAAGCAUAGACUUUUAUUUUCCUCCUUCUAAGUGAUAUACGGUGUCCAUGAUUGUCCAAGGGAUAAAAUAUUUUUGAGAACAGUAUUAGAAGUGGCCGUAGAUGUUUUUCAUUUCCCUCCAACUUGUAAUGUUGCCAUUCGUGGUAUUUGGAUUUCUUUCAAAAAAUAAAUUAUGGAUCUCAAAAGCAGGCCACAGUAUUGACAGGAGUUUCAGAGUGCCAUCCGGGUGGAGACAACAACAGGCUGAUUAUUGCAAGCAGUUCAAAGCAAAUUUCUUUCCUUUUUAUUUAACACUCAAGAUGGCACAGGGAAAAAGUUGAUUUUUUUUUGCAUUGCAGGUCCUUUUUAUGUCUAAAAACGCAGUAGAAACAGACUUGAACUAUGAACUAGGAAACAGUCUGCAGGCAUGGUUAAACUGCAUCGCUGUUCCCAAGAUAGUCACUGGCAAGUGGCUCUGGAGUGGGAUAGCUCACCCUUAGCAUCCAGAAAUUUUGGUACAGUUUGUGGCUUGUUCUUUUUUUCCCGUAACUGAGUGAAAGAUACCUUUUGAACAGUUGCUGACACUCUCUUCCCAUGAGUGUGUUCUGAAUCCCAAAAGCACACUUGAAAACCAGCAUUUUACUGGCACAGAAGUAAUUGCUGGCUCAGGUAUUGGUGCAUAGUGAAAGCUGUUCACUACUUCUGGAGGGGAAGGUUGUUUCUGAAGCCUUCUGCUAGCAGAAAACUUAUAUCCUCCUUCCCCACUUCACACUUGAGAAGCUACAUUGGAGCAGCCGUGGGGGUGCUUGGUCAACACUCUGAGAAAACAGCCAUUGCUUUGGGUUUCCCAUCACCCUUAUCUUCUGUUCUAUAUAUAAGUUCUGACUGCAUCGGCUUUGUGUUGAGCCAUCCAACAGUGACUUUAAAGAAGGAUUUGUGUAAGUUCCCACUAGUUGAAAAUGUAACAAUAAAUGAGUACCAUAUGUAUCUGUUUUUCAAGGUGUCUCAUGAAUUUUGCCAAGGUGACAUCCACAAUUAUUGAGUAUUUUGAAUAAGAAAAUGGCAUCAGCAAGCUAGGAAGUUCAGAGUGCUUAUCCCAGUAGUAAAGCCAGCUAUGAAUAGUGUGAAACAUUAAUAUUGCUAUUACUUCUUGUAUGUCUUCCCUUUUCUCAGGGUAAUGCAUAGUGGAAGGGGGAUAUUAGCUCUCAUUUUAUCCUCACAACAACUGAAUAGAAUUGAGAAAUAAUGACUAGCCUAAAAGUCAUUCAGAACUUCAGAAGAGGAUUGCAGCCUAAGCUUCUUGGGUUCCUGUCCACUUCUUUAACCCGGUGUUCGUCAACCUUGGCAACUUUAAGAGGUGUGCAUUUCAACUCCCAGAAUUCCCCAGCCAGUAUGCUGGGAAAGUUGCCGAAGUUGAGGAACACUGCCUUAACCAAUACCAUCACGUGGGCUUCCAUUCACCCAUCUCUCAUUUUUAAAGCUGUACAUCUCAUGUGGGCUCCUCGCCCUUUCAUCUCUUGGCCUCUGGUAUUAGCCACUGACUUGUAUCCACCUUCUGGCCUCAAUCAAAAGGUAUUAACAGUGAAGACAUUUCCAUGUGAUGCAGGAGAUAUUUUCAUGAAGGGCUGUUGAUGUAUAUUUGCUUGUUUAUGGAAGAUGCAGAAUGCCACAUUUGUAAUCCAGCUUCUGAUGAAUUCUUUGGGAUUGUUUUUUUGUUUUGUUUUCAUUGAAAAAAGUCAGUUAAGGAAAAAAAGAUGGAAUAACCACAGAAUGGCUUUAGAUUAGCACAUUUAAUCUGCUUUCCUCCAUCCAGGUGUAUUAAGUUGGAACUCCCACCAUUUCUCACCAGCAGCCAUGCUGGUGAUAUAUAUGUAUGGCCUGCACCCAUAUAUUGAAAUGGACUGUUUAUUUUAAAUGCACCUGCAAAACAAUGUUAGGUGUAAUUAUGGUUACUAAAAACUCUACUGUUAUCACAACAAAUACCAUGCUUCAGAGUCACUUUCUCCUAACCCUGAUAUCAAAAUGUUGUAAUUCCAUUUGCCUUUUAAAAGUUGCACUGUCCAAUGUCAUCUACGUAGAUCUGGAACUAGGCAUUUGAAGUAACAUCAGCUGCAGUGUCUUUAGUGUCUACGUUCUUUGUGGUUAAAAGCUAGAUUAAUGAACAAUGGGAUGUGUGGAAAAGCCUCACUCCCCUCUUCGUGCCUGGUGGAACCUGUGAAUAUUUUAAUAGUUGUGACACUCAAGUAUAUCAUUUGGUAUCCUGGAAACUACAACAGUUUUUUUUAAACAGUUUCAUCAAUACUAUUCUAACUUGUAUAAAGCAAGUGACAUC